AUGUCCAAACUGUUCUCCAUUGCCCUCUACAGUCACCUGAUCUCAGUACAGUACAUCGAAAGGGAGAUUUUCACAGAGAAAGAAGUACAGCAGUGGUACAAAGGCUUCAUCAAGGAUUGUCCCAGUGGCCAGCUGGAUGCUUUGGGCUUUCAGAAGAUAUACAAGCAGUUUUUUCCUUUCGGAGACCCCACCAAGUUUGCUUCGUUCGUCUUUAAUGUAUUUGAUGAAAAUAAGGACGGACGAAUCGAGUUUUCCGAGUUCAUCCAGGCCCUGUCAGUGACCUCCAGGGGGACUCUGGAUGAGAAGCUCAGAUGGGCCUUUAAACUGUAUGAUCUCGACAACGACGGCUACAUAACUCGUGAUGAAAUGUUAAACAUUGUAGAUGCUAUAUAUCAAAUGGUGGGAAACACUGUGGAGCUACCAGAGGAAGAAAACACACCAGAAAAGAGAGUGGACCGUAUUUUUGCAAUGAUGGACAAGAAUGCAGAUGGGAAGCUGACUCUGCAGGAGUUUCAGGAAGGGUCAAAGGCAGACCCUUCCAUUGUUCAGGCACUGUCACUCUAUGACGGACUUGUGUAGAAAUGUAAGCAUCCAGGUAUUACGACGCCGCACUCCGUCUUCAGCGCAGUGAUUAUCCGUUUUGCAACUUUUUCAGAGGGGGUCCGAUUCAGCGCCCUCCUGCUUUUUGCACGCCAACGCCGUUCCGUCACAUCCUGAUCAACCCGAAAGGGAGGAUUACAAACUUUUAUCGUCCAAUUGAUUGCGUUCAUUCGCAAAAAAAAAAAAAAGGACAUCAAACACAAAAUUCUUCUGAUGUAACGAGGAAUGCCUGCCCUCACCCUCGGUCAUCGCUCAGUGCUUCUGCAGCCCUGCAGCGGCGUUGUGGACUGUGUUCGAACGUUUCCGUGUUCUGGGAGCGAAGUGUCGGACAAUCCGAGGAACGGGAUCCCUCAACGACGCUUGCGUUCUUCUCGUCUAAACGCCGUAAAUCACCAGAACAGCUCAGAGGGACUGUGCUGUUGCCGCGGCCUCUUCGCCUCCGCAUUGAGAUACUUUAAGUCUCUGGAAAUAAUGUGUUACAAACACUAACUUAAAAGCUACAAAGCAGUUAUAGUGUAUAUAUUAUAAUGUACAUACAAUGGUAAUUUAUUUUCUGCUUUGCUGCAUUUAUGAGACUUUUCUCAUAAAUAUAGAACGAUUAUUUUAUUUUUAUUUUUUAUCAAAGGUGUCGAAAUGUAUUGCACUGUAUUUUUCCUUACCAUUGUUGGAGCGUUCUUUUUCUCCCAUUCAGAGGUUAGUUCUGAGAGAAGAGGAAUGUUUAAGCAGCACAGAGUUUUCUAUGGAUGAUUUUUAUUGCGUUUGCCGUCCGGGCCCCCCGUUGUUUUUCAAUUCCCCCCCCCCCCCCGUUAGCAUGAGUGUGUGCUGUUGACCCCGUUGCACAACUGCAUCCUGAAUGACACGGCUUGAACAACGGAGAGCAUUCCCGCAGCUUUACAUCAGAAUUGAGGCCGAGCGUUUUUCUUUUUUGAGAGCGCCGCACUCCACCCUUGGCAACACAAAGCCCGGGUCGCUGAGAGGCGCAAACAAGACGUCAGUUUUGGUUGUAAAGCUUUUGAGAUCGCCGUGGUUGCAAGUGUCUACAUGAUAUUUGCAAUGUGUGAGGCCAGAGCAUGUGAUUCUUCCUUCUUUUUAUAUUUAGAUUAUUUAUUUUAGAACAUUUUUUGGUGUUUUAUCUGCUUCACUAAUAGUUGUUUGCCUUAUGCGGAUUAUAAUUUACUAGAUUAUGAUUGUCAUUUAUCUGUUAGACAGUGUAAAAGCACAGAAUAAAAUGCAUUUAAGUGGCUAAUA